CAAAUACUCACCUUGUUUUUAUUUCCUCUUCAACGAGUGGCUCAUAUAUUUUUGACUUUGAGUUCUGAGCUGUAUUUGUUUGAAAGCAGCACAUGAAGCAGCCCAGCUAGUGGAUAACUGCUUGUAUACUGCUCUGCAUUUAAACAAUGAUGGCAUGGCUCCAAUUCUGUGUCCUUUUCCUGGUGGCUCCAAUUGGGUAUAGUCAGAAUCCAGGUCCUCGUGGUCCCAAAGGAGACAGUGGACCUCCUGGACCAGCUGGUCCACCUGGAAUACCAGGACCACCAGGUCAAAAAGGAGAUACUGGACUUAUUGGACCACAUGGAAUUCCUGGACCACCUGGAGUAACCGGAUUUAUAGGACCACCUGGCUUUCCUGGACCAUCUGGAAAAGAUUCUGACUGCAGAACAGAGCUCUUUGGUGACAUAGACCAGGACCUUCAAACCAUUAGAGGCCUAAAGGAAACAAUAACCAAGUUAGAGCUGGUUAUAAACUACGAUUUUGCCCGAGGAGUUGAUGAAAAAUAUUUCGUGUCCAACAAGGAAAGAGGCUCUUUCUUCCAAGCUGUUGAGUUCUGCUCCCAGCGAGGAUUAGAGCUGGCUUUGCCCCAGAGUGACAAAGAGAAUCGCUUACUCACUGAAGUGUUUGAAAGCAGUCCUAAAACAGUCUGGAUUAAUGUCAGCAAUAGAAAAGCAGAGGGAAACUUUGGAGCUGAUAUGAAAAACCGACCUCUGACCUUUACCAGCUGGGCAGAAGGGCAGCCAGACAAAUCCAUCCAGGAUCCAGGCUGCACCACGCUGUCAGAAGACGGUGUUUGGAGAGUGACAAGUGAAUGCUCUAUGAAUGCUUACAUUGUUUGUCAGUUAUAGAAAUGCCUUUGAUGACAUGAAGUAAAGUAUAUCUCUUUGGAUUCUGGUGUGGGAAAAUCAAAUGGAGUGCAAAUAUGUAAUCUAAUGUAUUACAUAUCUAUCUGGUGCAAUUUUCAUAUUCCUAUAAAACAGGUCAAAAGAUUCUUUCAAAUCUUUUAUUACAUUUUUAGGUAAGGUGAAAAAUUCUUUCGAGACCUACAGUAUUUAGCAGCCAUUCACCAUACAGUAGCCAUAUUUAUAUUCAUACAGCAGAGUGAGAAGUCGUGGAGGGUGUUCUGGUCCGGUGGCCCCAAGAUCUCAUCUCUGCUUUAUUUGCAUGACUUGAUCAAACAACAAGCUUGUCAGUGAGUGUGACAUGGCUGGAAUGAGAAUUAGCAGCUCAAAGUCUGAGGAUAGUCUGUGGCUUGUUUUCAGAUUCAAAUGUAUUGAUUUUAUUAGCUUCCAAAUGAAUAAGCAGCUUGUAACCUGGAAUGCAGCAGUACAUUAUCAUUUUGAUUAAAUAAUUUCACCUUCAUAA